CAAUCAGUUACGGGCAAUGUCUCCCGACAUCGAACACUCUCGCCCUCUCCUCUCUCGCUAGCCUGCUGUGUACCGAGCCACUCAUUGACCCCCACUAGGUUUAACUAGCUCUUUGGUGCUUGAGAUUUUAUAGUGGAAUUAAGACUAAUUUUUUACCCCGAGAGCCUCACUGCAGAUAUUAAUUCCUGGAUAUAUUUGCAUAUUUUUUAAAAUCCUAAAAUGAAGGUGACACCUGUUGAAGAGUUUACUAAACCGCCUAAAGAAGAGAUGACCAAAGUGAAGAAGCCGAAGUUUCGUAAAAUAUUCUCAAGAUACGCAGAUAUUGCCUCAUUGAAUGGAGUGGCUAUAAUAAAGGACUCCAAGUCUCCAAUAGUCAAAGCAAUAUGGGCAUUUCUCUUGUUGGCAGCUAUAGGGGCUAUGAUAUAUCAUCUUUACAGCUUGUUCACGAAAUUUUUCCAGUACGAGAAGCACGCCGAGAUUGACAUGUCAUUCAGCAACCUGCCCUUCCCCGCUGUCACCAUAUGUAACGCCAACAUUAUGAGGUUUUCAAAACAAGACUUGGCUUCAGCUGAAAUUCAGGAUUUGGUGGAGAAAGUCAGCACAAGCUACAAGCAAAUUGUAGACGCGAACGAUUAUAAUUCUAUAAGUGACUUUGACUCGGCCUUGGACUUUCUAGACAACUCUUCACAAUAUGAAGAUCAGGAAUAUUUUUACGAUGAUUACCCCACGGUAGAUGAUUCUGUGACACAGAGUGAAGACGAUGAAGUAGAUGCUUCCAUAUUCUCCAAAGCUGAGUCGCAGUUCCAGGAAUUAUUUAGUCAGAUGGACGUAGAGACGCAAAGAAAAGUUGGACAUACACUGGAAGAUCUAAUAGUACAAUGUACGAUAGGACGUAAGCCGUGUCGCAACUUCAAAAACUUCACAGUGACUACAACUUCUAGUUUUGGCAAUUGUUACACUAUAGAAUACAAAAAUUAUACAGCAUCGAAGAAUGGACCAGAUGGAGGACUGGAGUUGGUGUUGUUCCUCGAACUUGAUGAGUACCUCCCCGGUAUAACAGGAGGUAAAGGCGCUCAGAUCGUCAUUCACCCUCAGGGCUCUUACCCGUUUGUGGAAGAGGAGGGCAUCCCCAUCGCAGCAGGGUCACAAACCAUCAUAAGUCUUAAACAGAUACAAAUUGAACGUCUAGGCGAUCCCUACAACAAAUGCACAAAUAAUGGUGACCAGGAUUUUGGGACCUAUAGUUAUACCAGAAGUCUGUGUCAGAAGAAGUGUGCGUUGUCAAUUAUCAUCCAGAACUGCUCAUGUUAUGACAAGGACUUCAAGGGACUGAACUCAUUGCUUAAUGUUUCCUCCACUUUGAAAGCUUGUUCAGGUUCUGAGCAAACUAAAUGCAGAUUGAAUGUUACAAAAAACUACAAAGAUGAGGACUCGACAUGUAACUGUAACAAUCCUUGCAGUGAGAGUAUCUAUGACAAAAGUAUUUCUACCAAGCAGUGGCCUAGUAAAGCAAUGGCGCGUUCUUUGAUUAAAGAAGUUUGUAACAAGUCAGAUCGAUGUGACGAACUGUGGGGUUUAAAUAGUGAAGAUUUACAAGAAAAUUUCGUCAAAUUAAAUAUUUACUUUCAAGAUUUAAACUUCGAGAAACGAGCAGAGCAACCAAAUUAUGAGCUCUUCCAACUAUUGUCAGACUUUGGAGGAACCAUUGGUCUGUGGAUUGGUUUGUCCAUCUUGGCGAUCUUUGAGCUUUUUGAUGUUCUCUUCCAGCUGGUGCAUUGCGUCAUUUGUGGCAGACGCAAAUGAAAAUGUCUGCAGAAGUGUUUUAGAAACCCGAGUGCUGCAUCUAUCUGUGAUUAUCAUUAAAUAGUUUAUGCUUUAGAUUUGGUUAUGAAACAUGUUUUUUUUUUAAAUUAAUGUUUAUGUUUUUUGGUCGUUGUUUUGUAAUUAAAAGCAUUAUUCUAAAACACACUAACCAUUUCUACGAUGGUUUACAGUUUAAUACAUUUUGUGACAUAUGCUUUUUU